AAUAAAUAAUGAGUUGAAAACUGGAAAUUCACAAAGCUGAGCCCUACUUAUACCAAGUUGACAUUUGGCACAUUGCAUCCAUUCAGCAGAAUAGCUUUCCCCCCCUUAGUUGAGUUUCCUCUGCUUCCUCCUGCAAAUUUCCAUCGAAUACUCCAGAUUGAGAGGGCAAAAAAGAUCGAAUCUUUUGAGUAGUACUGUCGUCGAAGUAGGAAGCAAAAACCCAAGGGAGUAAAAUGGUAUCGCCCAAGUUCAUGAAGAAGAAAAUGUGGAUGUUUUCGUUUCAUUGAAGGACUCCUUUCUCUCCCGCUGACAAACCCAGAAGAACAAAAGCUCUGUUUUGGUGUUUGCUGCAAUAUGGACGUCAUGAUCACAAACACAAACAGCAGCUUCACUAACAAAGCCGUCAAGCAACAGAAUUUCCCACUCCAAAAGCUUUCUUUCUGGUUCGCCCCCACCACUCGCCCACCUGGUCUUCUCUCCUCCACUUUCGGCUCGUAGAUUUUCUAUUCAAAGCUCUGUUUUCUCUUUUCCCCCUUCCUUCCAGUUCAUUCAAACUCUACCAAAGUUUGCGCCUUUCUUUAGUUUUGUUUAAUUUCUAUUCUUGGUCUACAAUCAAAUCAAAUGGUUCCUCACUUCUCAAACUCUUCUUCAUUUGGGUUCGGCCAUUUUGACGCCUUGGAUCCUUUUGUCCCUGUUUUCAACGGUUUCGAUGAGGUUUCUCGAGGUGGGUCAAUGGCGUUUGUUUCGCAGGCGUUGGUGCUGGACAGUGAAAAGGGGGAGCUGGUAAAUGCCCCGACGACGAGGGUCGGAAAGAAGGAGGUUACGGAGGCGAAGGCUCUGGCGGCUUUGAAGAGUCACAGUGAAGCAGAGAGGAGAAGAAGAGAGAGGAUCAAUGCCCAUCUCGCCACUCUCCGUAGUCUCGUUCCCUGCACUGACAAGAUGGACAAAGCCACGUUGCUUGCUGAAGUGAUAAACCAAGUGAAGAUGCUGAAGCAGAACGCCAUGGAAGCCAGCAAAGGUCUCCUCAUUCCCAUGGACGACGAUGAAGUGAAAGUCGAACCAUCUCCAGCAGGGAACAGGGCUGCCCUAACUUUCAAGGCAUCUCUGUCCUGUGAGUGUCGCCCUGAGCUAAUGACGGAUAUAAGACAGGCCAUCGAUUCACUUCAGUUGAAGCUUGUAGAUGUGGAGAUAUCGACCCUUGGAGGCCGUCUGAAGUAUGAGUUCGUACUCAGCAAAGGCGAAAGUGAAGGUGCUGUUAUUGAGGAUGCCAAUAUUAAUGGUGACAAGGCACGGCAAGACUUUGCAAGUUGUAUUCACCAGGCAUUGAGUUCGGUCCUGGAGAAAGGCAAUACAUUGGCAGAAUAUAUGCCGAGAACUACACUUUCGAACAAGAGGAGACGUUUCACUUAUUUCGACUCGUCCAGCUCUUCGUCAUAAGGAGCUGUAACUUGUCGCUUUUCCGUGUGCCGUGUGGGAUCAAUAAAAUAUGUGUGUAUGUAUAUAUGCUAAGUUCUAUUGGAAUUAUGGUAUCAGACAGAGUAAUUAAUUUUAAACCAUUGA